AGAUUUUUAGACGGGAGUCAGCAAUCGAGGCUGCUUAGUCGGCAGCCGAGCAGGGAAAGGAAAGAGGAUCUCUUCGGGGGAAAGAGCCCAGCGCCGAGCCAGCGUCAGUUCCUUCCUCCACACGCACUCAGCGGAGAGUAAACUGCAGAGGCAGGAGGAGGAGGAGGAGAAGGAAGAGGAAUAAGAGCCCUGAUGUGCCAACCCUCCUGGACUAGAGCGCAGCAGCACAAUCCAGCCGGCUCGCCUCCAGGAUGUAUAAGGGAGUCCCGCCACCAUCUGCAUGCAUGUAAGCAACUUUUCUGAGCUCGGAGAGGAUAUCGGAACUGUGCUGGGUUGCAGAAGGACUCUUGCUCUCUCUUUUUGGUACAGUUUUUGGGGGCGUGGGGAGUGGGGUGGGGAAGGCAAAUGCAUGCGGAGACAUCGAGCAGAAGUUGAGAGAAGCGCUUUGCGAACUUGUGGGGAAGGAAAGGCUUUCGUGAUGCCGAGGCUGAGCGCCGGCAAGACGCACUUGGCCGCCCUGCUUGCCCUGGCGACGGUGGCGGCUUGCUGGGGAGGCGCCGCGGGCAAGACUUUGAAAUACCGGAUCUACGAGGAGCAGAGGGUGGGCUCGGUCAUCGCGCGGCUCUCGGAAGACGUGGCAGACGUUUUGUACCGGCUGCCCAACCCUUCUUCCGUACGCUUCCGAGCCAUGCAGAGGGGCAACUCUCCCUUGCUGAAGGUCCGCGAGGAUAACGGCGAGAUCAGCAUCGGCGCCAAGAUCGACCGCGAGCAACUGUGCCAGAAGAACUUGAACUGCUCCAUCGAGUUCGACGUGAUCACGCUGCCCACCGAGCACCUCCAGCUUUUCCACAUCGAGGUGGAGGUGCUGGAUAUUAACGACAACUCGCCGCAGUUCUCCCGAGCGCUCAUCCCCCUCGAGAUCUCCGAGAGCGCCGCUGUGGGCACCCGGAUCCCUCUGGACAGCGCUUUCGACCCGGACGUCGGGGACAAUUCCCUGUACACGUACUCGCUGUCGGCCAACGACUUCUUCACCAUCGAAGUGCGCACGAGGACCGACGGGGCCAAGUAUGCCGAGCUGAUCGUAGUGAGUGAGCUGGACCGGGAGCUGAAAUCGAGCUACGAGCUCCAGCUGACCGCCUCGGACAACGGGGUUCCUCAGCGCAGUGGGUCUUCCAUCCUGAAGAUCAGCAUUUCCGAUUCCAAUGACAACAGUCCCGUUUUCGAGCAGCAGACCUAUAUCAUCCAGCUGUUGGAGAACUCCCGAGUUGGGACUUUGCUCAUCGACCUCAACGCGACUGAUCCGGAUGAGGGGGCGAAUGGGAAAGUUGUCUAUUCUUUCAGUAGCCACGUGUCUUCCAAGAUCAUCGAGACUUUUAAGAUGGACUCUGAGAGGGGGCAGCUGACCCUUCUCAAGCCAGUGGACUAUGAAACCACCAAAUCCUAUGAAAUUGAUGCCCAGGCUCAAGACCUGGGUCCCAAUUCUAUCCCAGCUCACUGCAAGAUUAUCAUCAAGGUUGUGGACGUGAACGACAACAAGCCAGAUAUCAAUUUAAACCUGAUGUCUCCUGGAAAGGAGGAAAUUGCUUACAUUUCUGAGAAAGCUUCGGUAGAGACAUUUGUGGCCCUGGUGAGAGUGCAAGACAAAGAUUCUGGGUUGAAUGGAGAGGUGGUGUGCAAGCUCCAUGGGCAUGGUCACUUUAAACUCCAAAAGACCUAUGAAAACAACUAUUUCAUCUUAACAAAUACUACUCUGGAUCGAGAAAAGCGAUCUGAAUACAGCUUGACUGUCAUAGCAGAAGACAGGGGGACCCCAAGUCUCUCCACAGUGAAACACUUUACUGUCCAGAUCAUUGAUGAAAAUGACAACCCACCUCAGUUCCAGACCAAUAGAUAUGAAAUUGUAAUUCUGGAAAAUAAUUCUCCAGGUGCAUAUAUCACCUCUGUUACAGCCACAGAUCCAGAUCUAGGAGAUAAUGGGCAGGUGACAUACACUAUCUUGGAGAGCUUUAUUUUGGGAAGCUCCAUAACUACCUAUGUGACCAUUGAUCCUUCCAAUGGAGCCAUCUAUGCACUUAGAACUUUUGAUCAUGAAGAAGUAAACCAAAUUGCCUUUGUGGUUCAGGCUAGAGAUGGAGGGAGUCAGCAACUUGCCAGCAAUACAACAGUUGUGCUCACUAUCAUUGAUGAAAAUGACAAUGCCCCUUGGAUUAUAGAGCCAGUACUGCACAACAAUACAGCAAAGAUUUCAAUCCCCAAAGAAGCUGAAAUCAACUACCCUGUCACUAGGAUAAGAGCCAUAGACAAAGACUCAGGGAUGAACUCAGAACUCAGCUGUUCAUUAGCAAGUAGUAGUGAGGACCACCUCUUCAUAAUGGACCCACAGACAUGUGACAUCUAUCUCAAUGCUAGCAUUGAAUCUGCCAAAUCAACAGAAUGGGAACUUUCAGUGGUGGUUCAGGACAAAGGAAGUCCUCAGCUCAGUACCAAAGCACUUCUGAAAUGCAGUGUUGCUAAAUAUGUUUAUCUGCCUUCAGCUACAGAAGCUACGUACAUUAGCCAACCUUCUCUAGAUGUUUCCAUGAUCACAAUUAUAUCCUUAGGGGCAAUAUGUGCUGUUUUGCUAGUUAUCAUGGUUGUCUUUGCUACAAGGUGCAAUCGUGAGAAAAAGGACACCAGAUCCUAUAACUGUCGUGUAGCAGAGUCCACAUACCAGCAUCAUCCCAAAAGGCCAUCAAGACAGAUCCACAAAGGGGACAUUACACUAGUGCCUACUGUUAAUGGUACUUUGCCAAUCAGGUCACACCAUAAAGCUUCACCUUCAUCAUCUCCAACACUAGAAAGAGGGCAGAUGAGCAGUCGCCAAAGCCACCACAGUCACCAGUCUCUAAACAGUCUGGUGACCAUCUCAUCAAAUCACGUACCUGAGAAUUUCUCCCUUGAGCUCACUCAUGCUACACCUGCUGUUGAGGUAAGCUCACUUACUGUGCUACAUGGACUAGUACUCACUCACAAAUGCAAGCAGGCACUCCAUGGCCAUUUCACAGAUUCAUUAUUUCAGAAUGCAGUUGCAACCAGUGUGCCAACUGUGAUGUAUGAUAAUUGCACACACUUGUAUUCUCAAUCUCUCUCUGUAUGGACUGGGAAGCCAUGAUUGGCAGCAGCUUCCCAGUAACAGUACAUCUUUGCACACAGUGCAUGAUUUUGAAACUGAUUGUUACACUGUAUUUGUUUCUGUGUUGGAAAUAUGUAAUGUGUAAAAUGGCCCUGUGUGUGUUUGAGUUUGUCUCUCUCUCUGUGUGUGUGACUUUUAUGUGAAUCGUGAAAGGCUACACAGCCCCUUGCUACACUGCCAUGCCAAUUAAACAUUAAAAAGAGUUACUCUUAAUGGCAUUAUUAUUGUUGUUAAUCAAGGUUUCAAGCUUUAUUUGGAACAUUUCCCGCAAAUGCUUCUAAUAAAGUAUGCUAAACUUGCAUGUUCUUUGCCUCUCUAUUCGAACACAUUCCAUAGUGUAUUUACAUAUACAAAUGAUACAAAACAAUGAGGGCAUAUAUUACCAAUGGUGCCGCAAUUCUAACUGCAGCUGCUUUAACAGCUUGUGUCAACUGUGCAUGCAAAUCUGUUAAUGAAUAUGUUUUAAGGCCCUGAGCCAUAGCUCAAAACACUUGAAUGUAAGCUGAUUUUCUAGGCCCACUAACUUCAAUGGAGCUAAAUCCAUUCACAUCCAAAUACUUUAGCUUGACUAGACUGAAGAUCAGGUCUUUAAUUAUUUGGCAUCCUCAGGCUAAUAAAAGCAGGACUAAAUUGUAUUGGUAAAGUGUCAUUAGAUAUUACCAGUUGUCUUCUACUUUGGCUGUAUUGUCUUAUGUCUUUGCAACAUGAAGAGGUUCUAAAUGAUUAUUUUUAAACAGCUGAAGUUUUAAUAAUAGUGGUAGUAAUAAUAAUAAUUUUUUUAACACAUGUUUUCUCUUAGGGAGAUAUUUGGGCAUUAUUUUUCAGGAAUCAGUCUUUUGUGUUUUUCUUUACAGGUCUCUCAACUUCUCUCAAUGCUUCAUCAAGGCCAGUAUCAGCCAAGGCCAAGUUUUAGAGGAAACAAAUAUUCCAGGAGCUACAGGUGAGGGUUUUACUCAGAUCAAUGUUGAAAGCAGUUUUACCUGAGGAGAGUGCCCAGCACAUAAGCCAAUAGAGCAUAACUCAAUCCACAUGUCACUUCUGUUUUAUCGCAGGUACGCCCUUCAAGAUAUGGAUAAGUUCAGCUUGAAAGACAGCGGCCGUGGUGACAGUGAAGCAGGAGACAGCGAUUAUGAUUUGGGGAGAGAUUCUCCAAUUGACAGACUUCUUGGAGAAGGAUUCAGUGACCUUUUCCUUACAGAUGGGAGAAUUCCUGCAGGUAAGAAUGCAAUGAAAGUUGAACAGUUUAUUUACAAUGCUCCCUGCCAGUCACACUGAGACAACUUCACAAUGAUGAAAAACAAUCUCUUUAACUCUCAUGCUUUGAAGAAACCCCGUUUCCUUCUCCACAUAGCAACACCUAUAGCCCAAUUUAUGCUCAAGUACAGCAUGGCACCUCGUAUACCCAAAGUGUUGCACACUUGUCCAAGUUCAGUGGCCACAAACACCACAACUGGUAUCACUUGCAGUCCGAUUAGUUGGCUCAAAGUGGGUUGCUCUUGCCCUUUAUAAUGGGUGGAGCCAAUUUCAUGGUUGCAUUAAAAAACAAAAUGAAUGACAAUUUGAUAUCUCGUUUUGAGGAUGGCGAUAUUCGAUGCAUGGGUGCUACAGAUUUUGUGUUCAAAAUGCCUUUAGAGAAAUAUAUUCAAAAGGAAAGGCUAUAUGAGACCCAGUUCUCUGAAAAAAGUAGGAAAGCACAUAUGUAUGCAGUCACCACAGUUGUUAGAAUGGUGAUUGGUGUUCCAGCCUGCCAUUUGCAAACUCACACUGGGUGUCUGUUACUGAAUUUUUAUUGUUAUGUGCCAUAGUGGGUGGCAUAGUGGGGUGGCAUAGCCCACUUGACCUCUGGUCAAUUCCAUCAAAGUCAGCAUGAUGCAAACACACCAAUGGAGACAAACUGGUACUCUCACAACUGGCAUUUGCGCCACACCAACCUCAUCACUGACUUACCCCUCUACUUCCCAUUAAGUAGCAGCUGUCCUGCCCUACCAUGCCAUCCACAACUGGCUAUGUGCAGUGAUCUAAAAUCCUUAAACCUUACUAGGGGACCCUUCUAUCCUUGUACUCUCAACAUUAAUUCCAAAUAGUCUACCAUGUUGCAACCUAAUGAACAGUUUCUCUUAUAGCAGGGAUGGGGAAUCCAUAGCCUUCCAGAUGUUUGACUGCAACCACCAUCAUUCCUGAUGAUUGGCCACACUAGCUAAGGCUGAUGGGAGUUGUAGUCUUAUAGGGAAAUUCUAUGCAUGAGUCUUCUUUCUUAUUUGGCUAUCACUCAUAGCCGAGUGAGAUUGUCUUCCAUGAAUAUGGUUUUAACAGUGUGUCCAUAAGUGGAGGCCAAUUCUGGAUCCACACAUCCUUCCAGAGUGGGGACAUAGGUUUCUGGGCGGGAGUUGAUCACAGUGAGGAUUUGCCAAAUGUGCCUUCCUCUUAGCUCAUUUCUCCAUUUUGUCCUGAGUUCCUGCUUCUUCAAAGUCCAUAAUGCCUUUGGUAGAGGUAUGCAUGUAUACAUAGAAGCAGGUCCCAUUGCUUCUUAGGCUGCGUUCAUAUGGGAGGAACAAUAGUUCUAUGUAUUUUCAGUUUGAAAAAGGGAUCAGGUAUGGGGGAAGACCGCUGCCUGAUACCCUGGGGAGCUAUUCCUGGUCAGUGUAGAGAGUACUGUGUUAGAUGAAUGGGUAGUUCAUAAGAAGUUGUCUCCUAACAGAUCAACCUAUCUCCAUGGGCCAAUACAUCUUUACCCUUCUAAAUACAAUGUCACAGAACAACGUUUCUUGAGCUGUUUGAUUCUGUAGUGGUAAAUGAGAGCCAACAUAUACUCAUUAUUCAUUGGGUUCUUCAGAUAUUAAACAAUGGAAAAUAUUAAUUGACAGAAAUAAUUUUCUAAACAUUAAACAUUUGCUAUUAGGUAAUUCUAAAACAACUAACACAAAUUUAGGCCAUCAGACUCAUAGGAGUUUCCCAACCUUCUAUAGAUAUGUGCAUUAUGCUGAUAUAACAGCAGAUUAUUAUUGUUUGCAGAUGAAUGUCCACCAAUUAUGAAUGCACCAAACAUUAGGUGAUAUCCAACUAUAGUCAUGCUAAGAGAAUACCCAUUUAAAUUAAGGAGUUUAAGUUAGUCCUUUGAUGACUGUUAGGAUAGCCAUGUAUAUAAUUGUUGAUACUAUGUAGAGGCAGGAGGAGUUGUACAAUUUGUAUUGGGCUUUCUGCCAAACAAAAUGUCCACAAACAUACCUCAGAGCAAAAGUAUUUCCCAGUAACUACAAGAAUGCCAAAAUCUUUUUGUUGUUGUUGUCCUUCAAUACAAACUAAUGUAAAUGAGAACGAUUUUCAACAAUUGGAUGGAAUCUGUGUAAUCUUAGGCUGUAAACCUUUACUCAGUUACCAAACCUGUCUAUGUUUUGAGCAUUUCAGUUCUCUAAACAUACAGGAUUUUUGCAACUUACCAAUACACCAAUAGUAACUUGACCAUAGCCAUCUCAACUUCUUCCAAGAACCGAUAUAAGGAAGCACAAAGCUAGAUGAUUAUAAAUAUAUUUAAGUGCAAAGAAUACAAUUGCAAGUGUAAAAUUUAAUCACAUACAUGGAACAUGGGAUGGGUUUGAAGGUAUAUAGGCUACAUUUAUUUAGCCAUCUUUAUUAAGUUGAUUAAAAUGGGAAGAAACUUAAGUCAGUCUGUGAAAUUCACUGUCACUAAAAUAUAGUGACUCAGAAAGUUGAUGUUACAACGCUCAUUCACAUAUUAAUCAUUUUGUCAAGUCUUCUAAUUCUGCUUUCUCCCCCCCUUUUUUUUUUGCAAAUCCAUAUGCUGUUUCAUAGCAUAACAUCCAAAGCAAUUUACAACAAAAAUGGGGUGGGACUCUACAGGGUAAAAUAUCCUCCAGUGUUUGGAGGAAUUGGACCAGGCAAUGGGGGCACAACGGAGGGCCAGUAGCAUAUCCCCAUUACAAUCACUUACAUGAGGCUUUAAAUACCUGGAUGGUUAUGUUAAAGUGUUGUGGAAGAGGAUUGAACACACAUUCACUGAUGGGGCAAUCCUGUACAUGCUUACUCUAGAUGUAAGCCCUCCUUAGUUUAAUAGGAAUUCUUUCCAUAUAAGUGUUUAUAGGAGGAAUGGAGAACUUCUGGUCAUUCAGUUCUUGCUCAUCUCUGGCCAUGCAGGUUCCUCAUCCCUAAAGUCAUAGCCUAAAUGUCUUCUGUUCAAACCACUACCACUACACUAUGGAUAAGCAUGUCCCAGAAAGUUUCAAAGUUAAAAGUGACACUGUGACUAGUGCCUGGAAACUUAAUGAAUAUUAACUUCUUGUUUUCAUUUUACUGACAGCAAUGAGACUAUGCACAGAGGAAUGCAGAGUCCUGGGACAUUCUGACCAGUGCUGGAUGCCACCUCUGCCUUCUCCAUCUUCUGAUUACAGAAGUAAUAUGUUUAUUCCUGGGGAGGAAUUUCAGCCACAGCAAACUCAACCACCACAACAGCAGGUACUGGAAGAGGAUGCUCAAGCCGUUGAGACAACUGAAAAGAAAAAGAGCUUUUCAACUUUUGGCAAAGAAAGUCAGAGCGAGGACGAAGCAGGUGACCUGUGCACCUCAUCCCUGCUGUCAGAAAUGAACAGUGUUUUCCAGCGCCUUUUGCCUCCUUCAUUAGAUGCCUACACGGAAUGCAACGAAAUGGAUCCCUCCAGCUCACUAGAGCGCAGGAAAGGACAUUUGCCUGCCAAGACUGUAAGCUAUCCACAAGGGGUGGCAGCUUGGGCAGCCAGCACACACUUCCAAAACCCUGCAAACAACACUGGGCUUCCUUUGGGGACUCACUCAGGGGCCCAGCCAUCUUCUAAAUGGCUGCCAGCCAUGGAGGAAAUCCCAGAGAAUUAUGAAGAAGAUGACUUUGACAAUGUGCUUAACCACCUCAGUGACGGUAAACAUGAACUAAUGGAUGCUAGCGAGCUGGUGGCAGAAAUUAACAAGCUGCUACAAGAUGUCAGACAGAACUAGAGAGUUUUGUUUCAUAGCAAAUUAAUUUUCCAUAUUUAUGGAAAACAGAGAUGGGAACCCAGAAUGAAAAGAACUGGCAUUGCCAAUUAGUUACAUUUAUCAUAAAUGUGUCUGUGUAUGUUGAAUAUUAAAAUACUGUAUUUUCAUAUGUACACAAUGCAAGUGUGAUUAUCUUUAACUGUAUUUUAAAAAUACAUUUGUACCUUAUAUUUAUGUGUAAUUUAACAAAUAAAUUUUAUUUUUGUACUCCCAUGGCAAGCAUGUUUUCCUACAUAUAUGCACCUGGCACUGUUUGUGUCUGACAUUCAUUAUUCUAACCACAAGAGUGUAUAAAAACUAAGGGAUGCCAUUUUCCAUGGGUUUUGCCCCCCACCCCCCACAAUCAACUGUUAUGGUACAAAAAUCAAAUCAAGUGAAACCUUAUCCAAAUGUUAGUUUCAAUAACUGAUCUAACAUCUUGUUACAAUGUUUCAUUCUUAUAAUAAAGAGUUAUCAACUCCCUUG